AUAGCUUCUGCACACUAGAAAUUGGAAGCAGAAAUGAUAAAACACCGCAAAUCGUGAUUGUAAUAUUGCCAUUUUCGACGGCAAAGCAGCUAGCCUUGGCCUUGUACUGCUUGCUUCGAAGAUUAAACUCAGAAAUCUGCUCUUUUUGGCUAAUCUUCAAGAGUGAACACCCCCUUAAGGGUAUUGUUGUGCAUUGAGUAACAAUUGGUGAGUUGAUUCGCGAUUCGCGAUUCACUUGCCAUUAUCUGCUUAGGAAGUUGGAGAAAUAAUCUAAUCAGUUGAAUUAGGAACAUAAAGGUCAUUGGAUGAAGGAAAGCUUUGGAGUUUACUGCUUUUGUUCAGUGCAAAUUGUGAACAAGACUUCUCUUUGAUCACCCUACACUCCUAAAUACACAUUUCACCUGAUUGAUUGGCUAGGGUUAGUGGCAUUAGAUUUAGAUAAUUACAGCUUCAAACUCAAUAGUUGAUACCAGAUAGCUGAAGAAGAGUGGCCUCAGCAAUUGGUGCUUCCUGUUAACUCAAUUUUGUGUGUUAUGGGUUUGAAUAUGUUCUUUUUCGAUAGAACACUUUCAUAGUACUCCCUCCGUCCCACUUAAAAUGCAACAUUUGAGAAUCGGCACGAGAUUUUAUGUAGUGUUGUUUUGUGAGUUAAUGAAGAGAGAUUAAAGUAAGAGAGAUAAAAAAGUAGAGAUAGAGUUGUUUCCAUUUAAGGAAACGUUUCAUUUUUAAUGAGACAAUCAAAAAAGGAAAACGUUGCAUUUGUAAUGGGACAGAGGGAGUAUUUUCUAUGUUUAAAAGAAAUGAUUGGGAGAUACUUGAAUGUGAUUAGUUUCAUCUAUUUCUAAUUUUUCCCUCUUUAUUCAAAAAUCUAUCAGAGCAAAGAAAGUACAUAACUUGCUGAUUGGGUUGAGUUUCCAUUGGAGCGAUCAGUUUGCCAUCUUAAGUUUCUUUGCUCUGCAUCUAGAACAAGAGUAUUUUGGAAGUCACUUCUCUUCAGAUAGAGGCUACAAUUAACUUUCUUUGGUACGAGAUGAUUUUGGAGAUGCUAGUCAUUCAACAACAUUUAGUUGGUUUCAAUGCUGUCUUGUUUGAAGACACUGCCACCACAAGGUGAUUCCGUUGAGAAUACCCCUAGGUCAAGUGCCCGCACCUUUCAAACUAUUGACCUUACUCGAGAAUACACUCUUACAAGUUCUUAUGGUGAGAUUCGGAGUACCUUUGACCAAGACAGAUCUUUUGACCAAACUGUAGAUAGUGGACAUUUGGACGGCAUUCAGGGAGACAAGUUGUUGGAACAGGUUCUUCAACCAAGCCGUGAGUGUGUUCAAGAGACACUUUCCUUAAUUAGCACCAGCCCACUUACUGAUAUUGUUGCUACGUACUUUGAUCAUAGUGAGCAAACUUUUCGUUUAUGCAUCCUUCUCUACCAGAAAGUCCACCAGGCUCGCCUCGCAUAUGCUCCUAUACAUGAUCUUGUUAAUAACCUUCUCCUGGAGUUUGAUUCUGACUCAUAUUUACUCUCUGAUUCCCAGUGCAACUUGGCAUAUAAUGUCUUUCUCCAGUUUGACCGUCUUGAAAAUCCCUUCAUCUCUAAUGCUUCACAGAACUUUGAUGAUAUGCGCCAGCGCUUCUCCCAGCUCACUCACGAGCUUAAUCAUCAUCCAGUAAAGCCAAGGCCAAGGGCUACCAAUGCGCUAGUUGCCCUUGCUGGGAGCCCCAUUUGUUUCGCUCUUUUCCCUUCUAAUAUGAUUAAGAAAGAAAAGGGUGACAUUGUUCUGCUUGAUAAGGCAUCAAGAAGUGCUUUUGUAUUGCGCAGAGAUCUAGACACCAUUGAUCGCUUGGUUGCCCAUUUAUACGACGAUGUUGAAUACGACAUGUUCUCUAUUCACCAUGCAUUGGACAGGGAGAUGGACAAGUAUCUCAUUCAGCAGGUACUGAAGCAGCUCCAGAGAAACCGUCCAAGUUUUAUUGAACGACUUACAUAUCUCGAGGGAAAUUUGCUUCUCUGUUUUGAUGCAAUAAAACAGACCCGAUCAUGUAUACUUCAAAAGAUCCAUCCACAUCAACUUCUUGACUGAUUGCACCAGAGUAAGAUGAAAACUUUCUUGUGAAGAUAUUUGUGACACCAGACGUGUAUGCAUGAUGGCCCCACCAUUGGUGUGUUCAGAGUCUUCAGACUGCACAAGCUUGGCCAGCCGUUUCACCUGCAACCUCCACAAGAUCUAUGAACCUAUUCUGUCAACAUCUUGCAACUCAUCUAGGUUGGAGGUGUUAGAAGGAUCGAUCAAUCUGAUGAUGGUGUAAAUGAGCUGCAAUGCCAAACGUGCAACAUGGCAUGUAUUAAAUCUGAUCUGGACCAAAGGAGUGAUUCACCUCAGCUGAAAGAAGAUAAUAUUUGCCGUUGAGAUUUAUCUGCUUAAAUGUCUACUGUUGAGAUUUGUGUGCUUAAGUAUCUGAGUUUGUUAGUAUUCUGAAUUGUUCUCAUUCUUUGUAUAUAAAUAUGAUGCUCAUGUACUCGGAACUAUUUGUGAAAUAAGAAAGAAAAGAAAGGCACUGCAGUUCAAUAUCUAUCUG